AUGGUCUCGCAGAAGUAUCUCACUGCCCGACCAGCUAUCGAAGCCUGGAUUGCCAGCUUCGAGAACCUUUCCGAAGUCACCGGCGACGAUCUCAACGACCUCUACAUCAAGAGGCUAGCCUGGAAGCAAGACAGCGACGAGGCUAAGACCAAGAGAAAUCUACUUGUCUGGAUCCGCAAGAACUUUCCCGAGAAAGACGUUAGGGGCCUGGCCAUGACGAAGCUGAUCAACACUUCAAUGUCGAACGCUGCCAUGAGACAGGUGAAGAAAGAGACUACAUUAGCAGCACAAUCCUUCGGCUGUCCACCGAAGGAUGUCUCCCCGCCAGUCCCUACCAUCAAUCUCACGACGAUGGAACAGCAGUUCCUCCCAUCAACGUUGUUGCCACCGCCUAUCCCGGGCUUGUUGGCCACCACUCCCACAAGCCACACAAGCGCCCUCACGCCACCUCCUCAGCCAAGCAAGGUUCUCUCGCCUCCGUCGCUUAACAACCCAGUGUUUCCGAAGGACGUUGACGGUCCGGAUCCUAUCUCCGCGGGCAUCUAUACCCUUCCUUCGACGAACGAGUCAACUCCGGCCCCAAACCCGAUCCAAGACUCCCCUCAGGACACUACCGACACCUCCGUCCCUCCAACGUCCAAUCCAGACUUCGCGAAACCGACGGUGACCAUUCACGUCGAUCCACAAUUCUUCCACGAACUCCUCCUCGACGCCCACGUCGCCCUGAACGCCGGGGCAUGGGAUACCUCCAUCGCGAAGCUGAGUAAUGCUAUUGCUUUUGUGGUCCUGACGAAGGAGAAGGAGAGACAGGUUUUGGCUUCUCGGUCGGAGGAGACGGUUGUCGUACAAGGGCAGGGAACGGCGGUUGAGGCGAAUAUGGAGGCUUGCUUGCCGAUUCCGAUACGCAAGGAUGGCGAUGUGGUUCUCGAGGGAGAAGAAGGUGGGGAUACUGCAGGACAUGGGGAUGGCGAUGGUGCUGCGCUUCGACAUCAUGUGCGUGGUGGUAGUGAGGCUGGAGACUUGUUCUUGGACGAUAACGAUGAAGAGUCGGAGUGGUCUGAGGAAGAGCUUUGA